UAGGUGGCAUAAGCAUUCCACAGCUAAGCUGUUUCCAUGUAGUCAGUCAAUACAUUUCUAAACUGAAACAGAGAUGCAGUAGUUCUGCUUUUACUAUUUACAAAUAAGGAAUAAGUGAUUUUGUGUGUGAUAAUCAAUGGUGGCCUCAACUCCAGAGACCAAGUAAUAGUGGAAUUCGAGAUGCUGAGUGGUGUGAGGAAGAUAAGUAGCAGAGAAAAGUCCCUGAACUUUAGGAGGGAGACUUUGUUUUAUUCAGGAGGAGCAAAGGAGCUCAGGCACUUUCUGAUACUGGAAAACAAGCAGAUCUACCAAGAGAUUGGCUUGGCUAAACAGGGAACUUACGGCAGUGCGCCGGUGCAAAAGGUCAGUAAUACAGGAGGUAAAACCAAGGACAGGCUGCAAAGAAGGAACCUAGAAACGUUGCUCACGCAUGCAGGCAUUGCCACAGGAGAAAAGCUCACCUACAAUUGAAGCUAUCUGAAGCCAUCAAGGUCAACAGCUUCUAAGGCUGUGAAAGGAAACUGGGGAAGGUUCCAAGGAUAGGAGAGCAGCAAGUGUUCCACCCACCUUCAAAGAUACACCAAGAAGGCAAUCUGGGAGUAACAGAAUAGUGGGGUAUGAAGACUGCAAAUAAGCAGCAUACCACUAACACUGGUUCUCCGUCCAGCAGUGGCACAGACACCACCCACACCCACCAGCCUACCUCGCGACGGAAGGUCACUGCCUGCGGAAGGGGCGGGCAGGCCACAGUCGUGCCCCGGAAGGCGGCAGUGCGCAGGCGCGGCCGCCGCACGUGUGCUGGUGGAGCCAUGGCGAAGGGGCAGCAGAAGCUGCGGCGCGGGCAGGUGAGGAAGGCGGUGGAGGCCCUCCUGGCUUUCGCGAGAAGCAAGGCUAAGGGAGAUGCGCUGCUUCUUAACGAGAACGAGAGCGUGCACCUCCUGGUGACGGUCUGGAAGAUCCCGCGCGUGGCACAAGUAAUCAAAAUACCACUGCCCCAUGGCGUUCGAGCAGAAACAGCUGAGGUGUGCCUGUUCACAAAGGAUGAACCAGAUCUGUCUGCAGAGCAGACGGAAAGUCUUUACAGGAAACUUCUAACCCAGAAUGGGAUCACGAGUGUUAGCCAGGUCAUCUCCUACAAAACUCUCAAAAAAGAGUAUAAACCCUUUGAAGCAAAGCGUCGCCUCCUGAACAGAUUUGAUCUCUUUCUGUCUGAUGACCGAAUCAGAAGGCUUUUGCCCUCACAUCUAGGAAAACACUUCUAUGAAAAGAAAAAGGCACCUUUAUCUGUAAACUUGAAAGCCAAAAAUCUUGCUAAGGAGCUACAAAAGCAUAUUCAGGGUACAGUACUACGGGUUACCAACAAAGGGUGCUGUUAUACAAUGUGUAUAGGCCACACUGGAAUGAAAGCUGAUGAGAUACUAGAUAACAUCAUUGCAGCAGCUGAGGUGAUUGCUAAGAAGUUACCAAAGAGUUGGAAAAAUGUGAAAGUUCUUCACCUCAAGACGCUUAAAUCAGUUGCGCUUCCAAUUUUUACUGCACGUAUUUCCAACUUAGAUGAGCUUGACAAAGAGCCAAAUGUCAAUAAAAAGGAAGGAGAGAAGGAAAAGAAAAAGAAAUCAAAGAAGGCAGCUAAAAAGGUGAAUUCAAGUCAAAAUACCACGAGAACUGAAAACAAGGCGGCUGCUGCUGCUGCUACCCAAGAGCUUGUGACAAAGGAAAAAGUAGUCCAAGAACCGGAGGAACAUGCUGAUGAUGAAGAAAUUCCACAACUGGUGCCUAUGCAAAUAACUGAGCUAAAGAAAGUGGAACCAAGUCGAAGUCCAGAAAAAGGUGACAAUUUGGGCAAUAAAACAAAAGCAACCCUUGGUAAGAGAAAGAAACAAUUUCUUGCUCCAGAAACUUCAAAAAUAAAACAGGAAGUUACAGAAGAGCAGGCAGACUUGCAGAUGUCACCGAAACAAAAAAAACCCAUGCACCUCAUCAUGGCAAAGGAAGCAAUAAAAGAGCUGGAAAAGACUCCUAAAAAGCCUGAAGCAAAGUCUUUUGCUACACACAAAGCUGGCAAAGUAGUACAGUCAUCCAAGAAAUCUUCCAAAACACCAAAGCAAACAGCCAAGAAAGUGCGUAGGCCACAGUCAUCAUGAAUGUUGUCUACUGUAACGUUUUAUGUAGUUAUUCAAUGCUGUCUUUUCAUGAAUAUAAUACAUGCCUUCUUAAGAAAAGCUUGACUCUAGGAGCUUUUUUUUUCCACUGACUUUUAAUGAUUGAUUUGUGUUUCCUUCUAAUGGAAGAACAAAUAAACACAUUAUUUUAGUUA